ACGUUUAUUUUCCCGUCGCUUUGGCUGGAUGUCAGUCAGCUUCGCGUCUAAACUACAACUCCCAUAAGAGACUUCCCGGGCGUGACGUCAUGGCGUCGGUGCGUCUCCAAACAUCCGGUCAUGGUUUCAACGUUGCGGCGAACUGAAAAAUAUUGAGAUAUCCCUAUGGAGACUGAAGCCACGCAGACAGACAAGGGGUCCGAAACCGCUGCUCCAGCCCGAACGAAAAAACCUGCCAUGGAAAUCUACGUGCCCAAGAAACGCCAGGUGGAGAAGGUGGAGAAGAUGGAGAAGCUUCAAGCAGGCGGUGACAAGAAAUCCAGACCCAGGCCCCGGUACACAGACAAGGCCCGCAAGAACAAGAAGGAUAAAGCCAAAGCGCCGGAGAGCCCAAAUGGAGAGGUAAAGCGGGAGGACGGAGAUAAAGAGAACCUAAACAUGCACACAGAAAAAGAGGAGGAGUCUAGAGAGGAUGUGGACGGUGUAUCCAGAACUAUGAACACGCCGGAGGACACGGGUAGUGCACUAGAACGUGACGGAGUGCCAAAAGAGGAAGAGGAGGAGGACGAAGGGGAGAACUGGGAUUCUUUGUUUAAUGAUGAUGGUGACUGUCUCGACCCCCAUUUAAUGGAGGAGAUGUCUCUUAAGGAGGGCGGCAAGAAGCCGUCUGUACAGGAGCCGCGCUUCGACUAUUAUAAUUGGACGCCGGAGCUGGAAGAGGAGGUGGAGCUUCGGGACGACGAGCUGUCACACAUCGUGGAGAUUUAUGACUUCCCGUCUGAGUUCAAGACGGAGGACCUGAUCAGAUCCUUCAGCUCGUUCCAGCAGAAGGGCUUUGACAUCAAGUGGGUUGAUGACACUCGUGCCCUGGGUUUGUUCUCCAGUCCCAUCGCAGCUCGUGAUGCUCUGAGGAUGAAGAACCCCAUGAUGAAGGUCAGGCCUCUCUCCAAGUCGUCGAACGCCACUAAAGCCAAAGCUCGUAGCUGCUCCGAUUACCUGCUGCCGGCGAAGGAGCGUCCUCAGACGAGCGCAGCUCUGGCGCGCCGCCUGGUGAUCGGGGCUCUGGGAGUGAAGAGCAACCAGACCAGAGAAGAGCGGGAGGCCGAGAGGAACCAGCUACGGCAGGCCAGAGAUCAGAAACGCUUGGCCGCUAAACAGCGCGAGGACGCCUGGGAGGGCAGAUGAAGGCAGGUUUGUGUUUGACGGUCUGGGUUUGGGGACCUCCGGCGCGGACCGACCCAAAGCCACAGGAGCAGGGACACGGGGUUCAUCCGAACAAAGAGCAGGGACGUUUUCUAAUUUUAUAUCUUCCUUCUCCAGAUUUGUGAACGGUGGACUUUCUCCUGUAAAUGUUUCUGGUCGUUUUCAGGUCCGGAGAGAGCGUUUUAAUGUAUUUUUUUGUGAACGUUUUUCUUUUUGUGACUAAAACAAAGUACAAACGACAUCCUUACCGCGUUUUUUGCUUCGAAAACUUCAGUCGACGCUGAAAGCUGAUGAUGCUCCUGUGUAUGUGAGGCAAUCUCAGAACGUCAACUCUAAAUAAAAAGUAGAGAAAAAGCGGUCAAGCGUCACGGUAGUACUCGUACUGCAGUAAAAUACAGAUUUUUCAAGGAGAAGUUUUAUAAAUCCUUGCUUUAUUUGUGAACUUUUUAUUUAAUGCCAAUCAGGUCUUUCUCAAAUCGUCCUCACACUCAGAUUUUGUGUAUGCUUUCAUUUUUACUGUAAAUACCGUGCCGUUUUUUGUCAAAGUUUUUGUUCACUUUUCUUCCACGCGUCUCUUGUUUUUAGAUGUCGGUGCAUUUGAACUCACAGCUGCGCUCUGAAUAAAAUUUUCAAAGAUCUAAAAUAAUGUGACGAGUAUCAUUCACACGUCUGGAGCAGUAACACCAUGACGGUCUGAACGAUGAGAAUGAAGUCCACAGCAUCUAUAACCAUAUCUUUCCACAACGUUUUAUAGAGCACAAUGUUUUCUGAGCUUGGACUUAGAAGCCAUAUUGAAUUUUCGACGAGAAUGAAAACAAUUAAACAAUGUUAUGCCAUUCUUCCUAUUUGAAACUUGACUUCUGUAGUUAUAUCAUGUACAAAGACAGGCAGAAAAUUAAAAGCUGGACCUACAGGAUCUAUACUCAAAAGUUUGAGUUUUAUAUAAGUGAAAAUCUCAGAACAUGACGCUACUGGUCUAAUUGGACUUAAUGAUAUGAGAUCAAGUGAAUGGAGUCAAAAAAAAGCUAAAGUCUCUGGGAGAGAUAGGAUGAAACUAAAAACAACUGAAACUGAUGCUCAGAGCAGGACAGUGGUCCACAAACACACACAUAUUACCAAGAGAGAGAACACUAUCAUUGAAGUGCAUUUUUAUUUCAAAACAAUCCUAACUUUUGGCACUAGAACAAGGGAAUUUGAUAAAUAUAACAUGUUGUAAUUAACUCUUUAGUUGGUAGCUAAAAAUUGAAGUUAAUGGCAACGCUCGCGUUUCGAAAAUCUGACUCAAAAAUACUCCGACUGAACACUGGUCAUGUGAUCAGAUGAGGAUUUUGUAAUGUUUAUUUUGUAGUUUUUAAAAACAAGCAGUAAAAAAAAAGCAUACAAUUUAUAUAUUUAUAACAUCAUGACUUCCAAUAACUUGGGGCGGGAAGGAAAAAGAAAAAGAAACCCUCAUUUCACAGAGUGAGGAGCAACACAGUUUGAGUUUCAGUAUCAGAACACACUCGCGCGCACACACACACAGCACACAAGAGACACACACACACUGAAACCCCAUUUGAUAUCACAGGAGAAAUCACAUUAAAAAAACCUCACUAAAUGAAUAGAAAGUGAACACAUUAAACAAUGGGAAUGUUCCAGCUCAAAUCAACUUAAAAGGACUAAAAGCAAAAGGCAUU